CAGCAUACACUGUUCCUUCCUGCCCAAGGGCCAUAGUAGGCGGAGUUCAGAGGCUACAUAUAUGAAGCAGCAGCAACACCUAUGAAUGCAGUUUGCCUGUUAACCUGUUGUUCAAGCGUUGCUUAUGACUGUGACGCUACGACUUCCCAAGAAUGGGGACCACAGCUGAGAAGAAUCAACUGUUUCCAGUUUCUAUGGUGUCUGUCAGAAUUAUAAAAGCCAAUAUCAUCACCUCAGGAAUUUCAUUGUUUCCAUCUAAUUGCUACGUGACCUUGCAUCUGCCGACAGCAUCGCCCGAGAAAUUCAGAACCCGAACUAUGAAGAACUCUGAUAAACCAGUCUGGAAUGAGACAUUCUAUUUUAGAAUCCAAACUGAGAUCAAGAAUAUAUUACAGCUGGAGGUCUGUAGUGCCAAUCUAACCAACGAAGAUGAUGUACAUUUUGUUAUCUUUUUCGAUUUGGAAAAAGUCCGGCCUGGCAUAACAGAUCUUGAGCUAUUUUCCUUAAAACCAGAGAAAGAAGAUUGUCCUCAUGCUUAUGAAUCUCUGGAGGUGGAAUUCAAGUUGGCAGAAACUUCAGGACCUCUUGAGCAACUGAUUUCCAAUGGUGUUUUAGUGGCUCGUGAACUUUCCAUCUUGGAAGUAAAGGUGAAGAAAGAAGAGAAUGAGAUGCUUUUGAAAGCCAAGAAAAAUGUUGUGCUUACCAUGCGAGAGUCCUAUGAAGGGACACAGAAGACGUCCAAAGAUGUAGAUUCCUUCUGCUUUCAUUGCAUAAAGAGCUGGGGGCCAGUGCUGAAAGCCAACAUUCAGAGUAUUUCAUGUGAGGAGAGGAACGAUUCAGGCCACGCUUUAAUUCUGCCUUUGAAAUUACUUCCAGUGGGGCAACAAGUCAAAGUAGCUCUACCUGUGCUGGAGGCAAGUGGUGGAGCUUUGGACUUGUACCUCAAGGUAAUUGACUGUCCACAGAAUCUUGAUGUGCGUUUGGGAUAUGAGCUUUGUGCUGACGAGCAGGACUUCCUUCGCAAAAGGAAGAAGAUUGUUGCUGAUGCCUUGAAUAAGCUUGUUAAUAUGAGACGAGGACUGUUUGAGGAUGAGGUCCCUGUAAUAGCUGUUGUGGCAACAGGAGGUGGAGUCAGAGCCAUGUCAGGAUUGUAUGGUCAUCUCCAAGCACUCCAGAAACUCAACCUUUUGGAUUGCAUUUCAUAUAUCACCACUGCUUCUGGAUCAACAUGGACUAUGACAGACUUGUACAGAAAGACUGAUUGGUCACAUGAAAAUUUGGAAGAAGCCAUCAAAGUAGCUAAAAGCAGCAUGUUGAAGUGCAAAAUGGAUAUUAUUUCCAUCGAUCGACUGAAGUAUUAUCACAAGGAGCUGGUUGAGAGGGUUAAAAGGGGGCACCUUCGAUCUUUUACAGAUCUCUGGGCCCUUGUUCAAGAAGCUUUCUUACAUGAUAAAUCAAAUGACAGUAAACUCUCAGAACAGCGCCAGGCUUUGGAUCAAGGCCAGAACCCAUUGCCUAUCUACACAGCCAUAAAUGUCAAAGACAAAGUCAACACCUUUGAUUUCAGAGAAUGGGUGGACUUCUCUCCUUAUGAAGUAGGGUUCCAGAAAUAUGGUGUCAACAUUCGUGCAGAAGAUUUUGAUAGUGAAUUCUUCAUGGGAAAGCUAGUGAAGAAGAUCCCAGAAUCCCGGAUUUGUUAUCUGGAAGGUAUCUGGACUAACAUCUACUGUGUGAAUCUUCUGGAUGGGCUGUAUACUGCUUCAACGACAAAAGAAUUUUGGGAUCGAUGGGCCAAAGACCUGGCCAAGAGUGAAGAACAUGAAGGAUAUUUCACGAUCUAUAAGCCUCCAAAUUGUGGACCUGGAAAACUUGGUGAAAUCUUUAAUGAUAUUCUAACUGAUCGUCUUUUAAAAGGGGAAACUCACAACUUCCUACAAAGUCUUGACUUUCAUAAAGACUAUUUGCAACAGAAAGAAUUUAUUGAAUGGAGAGAUACUGUGUUUGAUGCUUCUCCUAACAAGCUGACACCAGUGGAGAAAUCACUGUGCUUAAUAGAUAUAGGCUUUUUUGUUAACACCAGUAUUCCACCACUCCUUAAGCCAGAGAGGAAUGUGGAUGUCAUCAUCAUUGUGAAUUAUGACCUUAGCUCACCCUUCAAGCAAAUACAGUUGACAGCCAAAUACUGUGAAAAGCAAAGUAUUCCUUUUCCAAAAGUUGACCUAACCGAAGAGGACUGGAAGAAUCCCAAAGAGUGCUAUGUGUUCUCAGAUGAAGAUAACCUGCAAGCUCCAAUGCUGAUUUAUUUCCCGCUAGUAUGUGCCUCGUUCAAGGAGUACAAGGCACCAGGGGUGAAACGCACUCCUUCUGAAAUGAGUGGAGGUGAAGUAAACUUGGGUAAAGACUCGCCUUACAAAACAAUUCAUUUAACCUACAGUGAGGAGGACUUUGACAAACUACUAAACCUGUGCACCUAUAACAUCCUCUGUAGCGAAGACCACAUCCUCCAGGCCAUCCAGCAUGCUAUACAGAAGAAGAAAAACAUUUGGUCUCAGGCUAGAAAGCAAUUCUGUCUCCUUGAGCAGGGCACCAUUUAGCCCCCAACACUUAUAUUGUUGGAGGUAAUGCUAAGGCAUAGUCAUACCAAGCAGUUUGCAGUGAACACUAGUGUAGUUCCCACCCUGCCUAGUUUGAACAGGUGGCUUCUUUAUUUAUUAAUAAUCCUGUUUUUUGAGCCAUGUUCAGGUUCACAUACCUGGGUUGUAGCUUGUGAACAAUGUGAGGAAUAUAGCCGGAAGAGCUUCAGGAGGCAAUUCUGAUGCAACUGGAUGACACUCAGUUAAAGUUACCAAGUCAGUGCGUAGCUGAUAUUGUAUUGCAAGGAGUGACAUUGUUGAUACGUUAAUUUGAGAGGAGAGGUCACAGGGAUUUGUUUAUUAUACUUUGAAUGGUGACCCUCUGCAACUCUAAUGGAAAUGAAGGAGAUGUGUUGGACUUCAGUACCAAUCGAAACUGUGAAGAGCGGAGCUUUCUUGCAUCAAUUCCACUCUGAGCAAUUACGUCAUACCAUACAGAUAUUCUUGCUGUUCCUUUGCUAAUCACUAUUGUUUCCAUUCCCUAUUCUAAAGAGGAUUGACACAUUUCAGCUGUGAAUAAAAACCACCAUUGCUAAAAUAAUUUAGUAUUAUAACUUAACGAAACCCAUUAUAAAUAUUGGCAAUAUCGCCUUGUUUGCUGGUAUUGCCUCUGUGUUUAGUAAGAUCUGUUAGUUAACCAUAGUCCAACAAACUCAAUCCACAACAUGGCUUCUUUUGCUUGUAUUUGAUCCUUUUUAACCUGAAACUAUACCUAAAUUUGCCACAAUAGAAGUGAUU